GGAACACGCCGCCACGUCCUCGCCCGCUCGCAGGUCCACUAGUCCACUCCACUGUAGCGCCUGCCACUCCACUGGAGACUUGGCAGUCGGCACGAGGCGCGCACUUCCCUGGCCGCCACGAGGUGGACGCUAGGCUGCCUGCCAGCGCCUCGCCACGCCUUGCGAGCAGCGCCGGGCAGGUAGGCAACGCAGGCAGCACGUGCUGCUCGGAGACUUGACUUGGCCGUCAUCGCCAUGGCCGUCAUGAGGAGGGCUGGCGCUCUGCUGGCCAUCCUCGCGAUGCUGCUGCAAGCGCCAGCCGGCUCCGGCACCUAUCCCGAUCUGGGCGACUUCAAGAAGGGCUUCAAGUCGAACGUGCAGCGUUGCGCCAACGCGCACCGAGUUCAAUUGUUGCAAGUUAUGGCUUUGAUGGAAGCCCCAAUAGCUGCUGGGUACGACAGGAACUCAAAGUGUUUCAUUUACUGCCUCAUGGACAAGUAUGAAAUGGUGACGCCGGAUGGGGAGUUCAUGGACGGAAAGAUUCGUCGCUUCGCAGUGGACCUACCCGACAGCAACUUCAAGAUGAUCAUGAAGAAGAACCUGGACUCGUGCCUGCGCGAGGGUGGGUCUGAGCGUCGCCAAAAAACCAAGGAGGCCAGUGCGAUCCACGCCGUCGAUCGCCUUAUGAAUAAUGAAGACAUCUGUGAGAAGUGCUACCAGUUUGCUAAAUGCUACUAUGAUCGAGCAAAAGUUAGGAAUGGAAAUCAGAAGCAACCCUACCAGCGAUUGACCAACUACUAUGAAGGAUCCUCUGACAAACUAUUCAACAAAGUAGGAUCAUGGGCCCGAAACCAAUGGAAUCAACCCAGCAACGGGCCAAGGGGCAUAUGAAAUAUAAAUUACUAAAAACAAAAAACAUUCAGCUAAGCUUUACAAUAAUAAUUCCACCAAAGGAAAAAAAAACAAUAUUUAUUUUAGAACAGUA